CUUGAUUGGAAUAAGUAGAAGGGAAAAGUCCAGUGUCCAAAAAUAAUAAUCAGCGUAUUAUCAUUAUGCAAACUAUACCGUCGUCGAACACGUUCAGUACAUAAAAAAUAUGCUUUGACGACGGUAAAGCACACGCCGCAUGCCAUCAACUAUAUAUACUCUAACGCUCGUAGCAUAUUACACAGUAAACGAUUGUACAGAACUGGACGGUGUUUACCGAAUCGGUCGCAGAACCGUUCACAAACAAAUAGUUAUAUCCUAUUUUAAAGGUUACGAUUACACAACAGUCAUGACCAGACGACCGUCGUGGUGUGGACUCGCGGCCGUUUGCCUGCUGGUGGCUAUUGCGGGUUGGCCGCGGCCCGUGGACGCGGCCCGCGUGCUGGCAGUCGAGACGGUGGCCGCCAAGAGCCACUGGAACGUCAUGAAAGGCGUGCUGCACGCGUUGGUUGGCCGCGGCCACACGGUGAAGGUUUACACGCCGUUCCCGGACCACGGGACGCCACCGACCGACAACUAUACGGAGGUGGAGACGUCCGCCCAUUACCACAUUGGCGAUACGGACGAGACCGCGUCGGCUGUCAACAUGAAUGCCACCGCGGUGGUGCCGCUGUUCGCCCGGACGUCGUUCAUGGUGCCAUUCAUCGUCAACUCUAGCCGUCUCGUGUGCGACAUCAUGGACCGAUUCCUGUCGCGGGACGUCGGCGCCUACGACCUGUUCAUCACUGAACCGCUGGGCAGCGACUGCGUGUCGCACGCGGCACGGCGGCUCGGCGUUCCGCUCGUCUACGUCUUUCCCGCGCCCCUGCUGCCCUGGAUCGAGACGGCCGCGUUCGGCCACUACUCCAACCCGGCGGCCGUGCCGCACCUGUUCGCAGCGUACGCGGUGCCCGACACGUUCUACCGGCGACUGCACAGCGCGGCCAUGCACCUGUACACGGUGGUCGCCAACUACUGGUACACGGCGACCGCGGCCGCCGUCGAACGUCGGCCCUACGACCUCGCGCCGCCCGUCAUACCCGCCCUGGUUUUCGUCAACACACACCACGUGACCGAACCACCCAGACCCGUGCCGGCGAACCGCGUGGACGUCGGCGGCAUACAUUUGACCGCACCCCGACCGCUGCCGGCCGAUAUUUUAAAAUUUAUCGAGGAAUCGCCAAACGGAAUUAUUUACUUUACAUUUGGUACCGUAGUCGCACUAUCAACAAUGCCGGACCAUAUUCAAAAUAUUUUCAAAGACGCAUUAGCUGAAGUUCCUCAAAGAGUAUUGCUGAAAUAUGAAGGAGAAAUGAAGGAUAAACCAAAAAAUGUGAUGACAAGCAAAUGGUUGCCUCAACGAGAUAUACUGAAGCAUCCAAAUGUAAAGUUAUUUAUCGGCCAUGGAGGUAUAUCGGGAGUCUACGAAGCUGUGGACGCCGGCGUCCCAAUCCUAGGAUUCCCUUUGUUCUAUGAUCAACCAAGAAAUAUGGCAAAUUUGGUUGAUGCAGGUAUGGCGUUGUCAUUUGAUUUGUUUUCAGUAACCAAAAAUACACUUUUAAGUGCUAUCAAUGAAAUUAUCAACAAUGAAACGUAUUCAAAAAAUGCUAAAAUUGUUUCUGAUAGAUUUAAAGACCGACCAAUGUCGCCGGCCGAUUCGGUCGUUUACUGGACGGAAUAUAUUAUUCGUCACAAAGGUGCACCGCACUUGAGAUCUCACGCACUUAAUUUAACAUGGUAUCAAUAUUUUUUACUGGACGUUGUAGCAGUUGUAUUAUUAAUAAUUGUAUCGGUUUUUUACACUGCGUUGAAAACAUUGCAAAUGAUAAACAAAAUUAUUUUUAAACCAUCAUCAAAAUCGAAAUCAAAACCGGAUUAAUAAUGAAUUAUAAGGAUAAGGAAAGUUUGUGUUUUAAAAUACAAUGUAUUGAUAUUAUAUAAACAUUAAACAAGUUUAUAAAAACCAAAUAUUUUAAAUA